AUGAGCUAUCAGUAUGCAACGUCUUAUUCGACGUCCAAAGAUGAAAAGCCCUUGACCAAGAUGUGGCAGCGUCUCGUGCGACAGUCGCAGUAUGACGCCAAAGGGAAACCGAGGACCAGACUGGCAAUCCUCCGCAGACGCCUGUUGACCAUACCGACCGCUGUCUUCUUGCUGUGCUUCUUUGUCUUGCUAUGGGGAGAGCGUAGCAGUUUCAGCAGUAGCAUCGAUGCUUGCAAGUGGGACAAGUGGGAAACUUGGCCCUCAGAUGCACAACCUCAUCGCAUUGCCCUGAUCGCCGACCCUCAACUUGUCGACCCGCACACGUAUCCUGGCCGACCGUGGCCGCUGUCUUCGCUCACCAUCGCCGCGACCGACAAGUACAUCAAACGAUCCUACUACCUCUUGCAACGCCAAAUCGAUCCCGAUACCACCUUGUUCCUAGGCGAUCUGUUUGACGGAGGACGAGAGUGGUCUACACAUUUCGAAGGCUUCCAAGCAUCGGAGAAGCAAUGGAAGAAAUACGGCGACAAGUACUGGCUGAACGAGUACAAUCGCUUUGGCAAAAUCUUCUUUGCGCAGGACCAGGUUACUGGAGGACUGCCUGCUCACAAGGUCAAGAAGUUUGUUGCCAGUCUCCCGGGAAACCAUGACUUGGGCUUUGGCAAUGGCGUACAAGUGCCCGUCCGGAAUCGCUACCAAGCUUACUUCGGUGAGGGUGACCGGAUCGACAUUGUAGGCAAUCACACCUUUGUCAGCAUUGAUGCUGUGAGUCUGAGUGCAAUGGGUCAACCAGACAGCUCGCCCGAACUCUGGAACUCGACCAUGCAGUUCCUCGAUAAUGCGCAACACCUGAAACACAAGGCUGUGCGUGCAGAGCUCAACGAACACCAAGGUCUGAUAUCACACAAAAGAUGGGCACAUGAAGUCACAUCGCCUCUGGACCUAGGCCGCCAGUCUACGAAAGAGGAGCUUGCAAAGGAGCUGAAGCCCGAGUUUCCUACCAUCCUCCUCAGCCACGUACCCCUGUAUCGACCCGAGGGCACUCCCUGUGGGCCGCUUCGUGAGAAGUUCCCUCCGACCAAGCCAGAUCUCAAGCACGACAAGCCCAACGCCAUCCGUAUCGCUGGAGGCUACCAGUACCAAAACGUCCUGACCCAAGAACUUUCAACCACGGUCGCUGAGAAGAUCGGUAACAUUGGUCAUGCUUUCUCAGGUGACGAUCAUGAUUACUGUGAAGUACUGCAUCCAGAUUACGCCUCGAGGCACAACAGAGGCAUCCGCGAAAUCACAGUCAAGAGCAUAAGCUGGGCCAUGGGCGUCCGCAAGCCAGGCUUCCAACUAGUCAGUCUCUGGAACCCAGUCGACACGAACGGUGAAUCUCUCCGCGACGGCCCAACACUGCAAACGCAUCUCUGCCUCUUACCAGAUCAACUAAGCAUCUUCAUCCGCUACGGCAUCCUCGCAGCCUUUUCCAUCAUCGCACUCGCCAUGAACACUCUAGUCCAAGUCAGAAAUGAAGAAGCCGCGGCUUCACUAACAGCAACCCACACCCUCCCAACCUCCGAACCUUCCAAAUCGACCUCCAAGUCACGCUCUCGCGCCCCUUCGGGAGCUACAAACUCAAUGUCGUCCUCCGAGCACUCCAAUAGCAACAGCACCCUCUCCGCCCGCACUAACAACGCACGCACCCGCAGUGUCAGCCCUGCAAUGGGCUAUGGCCUCCCCACCGCUCGCCCUGGAGCCUCGUUGAUCGAAAAAGCAGGAUAUUAUGGCAAUAAUCCUGAAUACCAAAUGUAUAACAAGGAGGAGGUGUUUGACGAGAGUGACGACUGGGGUAAUCCUAUUUUCAGAAAGCCGCCGAGACCAAAGGUGCCAAAGACCUUUAGGAGGAAGUUGGUUGACAGGUUUGGGAGGGACUUUGCUUGGGCUGGGGGUCCGGCUUUUGUCUUGUAUUAUUGGCUCUUGACAAGAGGUUGA